UGUUGUUGCAGCCAAGGUGUGUGAGCUGUUUGAAGCUGAAGAACAAUAAGUCUUGGUGCAUCGUCUCUUGCCCAAGCCCAAGGGCUCCUCAUUUUAGUCUGGAAUAGCGACGAAGCUUCCGAAAUAGUGGGUACAUAUGCAGCUGAAAUGGCUAACCCUUCGUCCGAUAUCAGUCCUACAAGCCAAGAAACGGAGUACACAGCGGCAGAUCAUUCAGACAUUUGCAAACGCCUGACCUUUGGAAACUUCGCACCCCCUGCCGAAGCUGCACCUGCACCACGACCCAACACGAGCACUGCCAGUGUUGCAUCAUCAUCAGCAGCAUCGUCAUCCCACUCCAGCAGCGUUGUGAAAGACGUUUGUCAAGGCGAAGCGUUGCACUGCUUUCUGCGAAUUCGUCCUUUCACCGACGCAGAACAGAAGGAAAGUGCAUCAGCAGCAAAGAUCGAUCUCUUCGAUGAUGGACACCAGAUUGAGAUUCACGCGCCGGAGGAAUCGGCAACGUUCAAGAAUGGCUCACGAAACCCGGCCGAGAAUAGCUGGCGGUUCAAAUUUAGCAGUGUGCUGAGCCCAUCAGCUGGGCAGCAAGAUGUGUUUGAGACUACUCUGCUGGAGAAUGUACAGGAUUUUGUCACUGGUCAGAAUACAUUGGUGUUUACAUACGGAGCGACCAACGGAGGAAAAACAUACACUAUGUUGGGGAAGCCGUCGGAUGCUGGUCUUAUACCGAGAACGCUUGACACAAUAUUCAACAGCAUCAAGGAUCGGCUAGGAAAGCCGUACGAGAUGAAGCCGAAGUGUCUGUCAUUGGUGCGGCUGGAUGAGUCGAGUCGAGCACAGGAGAUCAAGGGCAAACUGGAUGUGCUGUCCUCCUGGGACAAACGUGAAGAGACAUUUAGCAGUGCUGAUAUCAGUGGAAGCAUUGUGGACGAAUCCCUCAUCCCGAGUGUUAACAGCACGUUUAGCGACACGUCUAGCCUGCCGCUGCCGGGGAAUACUUCAUCUGAUGAACUCAGCCUGAGCUUUGUACCGGAAGUGGAGACAAACCGCCAGCGCGACAGUCACACGCGUGUAAGCAUUGAGCCCCAGGGAAAGGUACGCUUUUCUGUCUUUGUCAGCUAUGCAGAAAUCUACAAUGAGCUGAUUUAUGACCUACUGGACAAGCCGCCUCUGACCAAGCAUGCUCGUCGCAAUGCUCUGAAGCUGGCGGAGGACAAGAGCAAGAGACAUCACAUCAAAGGGCUCAAAGAGAUUGAAGUGCGCAACGCUGACGAAGCGUUCAAGUUGCUGCAAAUUGGUCAGAUCAAUCGUCAGGUGGCAAGCACUCGUCUGAAUCAGCGAUCGAGCAGAAGCCAUGCCAUCUUCACCAUCAAGGUCCUACGUGUUGUGGAUAUCAAUGGACCAACCUAUGCCCGCGUCAGCAGCAUGUCUUUCGUAGACCUGGCUGGGUCUGAGCGGAAUCGUGAAAAGGAUGGUGUGCGUAUGAAGGAAGCCUGCAACAUCAACACCUCGCUACUCACACUCGGCAAGUGUAUCGAAAUCAUGAGGUUCAACCAGCGCAACAGGUGCAAUGCCCAGCGCCUGGUGCCGUUCCGCGAGAGCAAACUCACACGCUUGUUCAUGGGCUUCUUCCAAGGCGAGGGUCGCGUGACGAUGAUCGUCAACAUCAAUCAGAUUGCUAGCAUGUUUGAUGAGACGUAUCGUGUGUUGCGCUUCUCUGCUCUGGCAAGAGAGCUUGUUCCUGGUGGUCAUCGUCCAGCACGUCACACUGGAUCAGCUCCGGCGGCUGCUGGCAGCAAGUUAGCCGGCAAGGAAGCAGGCGACCGUGACAAUGCCGGAGAUGCUGCCAAGGUGGCUGAGCUUGGCAAGCUGUGCGCGCAACAUGAGGGCGAGAUCGACGGAUAUCGUAAAAUCGUUCAGUCUCUGCGUGAUGAGCUGCGUCAAGCACGCAUGGAGAAGAUUGAACAGGAAGUGAACAUUCGCCGCGAGGCCGCUGAGGAGAUGGCGAAUCAGCUGAUUGAAAUCGAGGAAGCUAACCAGGAGCGAGUGGCAGAAGCUGUGAGUGCCGUUGAGGAGCGCCAUGAGCAGCAGCUGGAGAUCCUCUCCAAGUCCAUCAAGCGCCGGUAUGUGAAGAAGCGGCGGCGGCCCGACAGUGACGAAGAGUUUGAAGGCAAUUUGGUGAAGUUCCGCGGCCAGCAUGAUGCUGAAAAGUGGCAAGCUAAGUGCAAGCAGCUAGAAGAAGAGAAGAUGACGUUGGAAGAGGAAUUGACCGAACGGAACCAUCAGUUGGAGCGAGAGAAGAGCGUCCUUCAGUAUGAACUGUCUGGCAAAAUGGAGGAUGCUGUGCGCUGUGAUGAUCUCAGCCAGAAGUGUGCUCAACUGGAACAAACAAUCUCGGAGCUCACUCAGAAGUUGACACAAGAGACUGCACGUUAUGGUAAUCUUCAGGAAGAGCUCGGCCGCAUUCAUCAUGACACCAAUGAAGAGAUCCAGCGGAAAAACGCAAUGGCUGCCACCAUUGAAGAGCAAACAAGAGAGCUGCUGAAGGCGCGCGCUGACAUCAUGCAGCUGCGCCACGAGAAGGUGGCUUUGAACGAGAAAGUGACGGCUGCCGCACUGACGUCCAGUUCAAGGAGCGGAGGAGCUGUGGCGUCGAAGGGCACUAAUACAGAUGGCAAGGGCAGCGAGUCAGAUCAUAUCAUGCAGCUCAACGCCAGCUUGGAGGAAGCACAGACACGUGUUGCCCAGCAGGAUGCAGAGCAUGCCAAGGAGCUGGAACAAGUCAACGGCCACAUUUCUGAAAUCUCUGACACUCUACGCAUGGCCCAAGACACCCUGGAAUCGUAUGAAGAACAGCUGUUGCAGCUCAAAGAAGCCUUGGCUCAAAAGAAGCUGGAGCUGCAGGAGUUUGAGGAGCGCCAUGACAGCCAGCUGCAGCAAAUCCAGGCAUUGGAAUCAGCCGCGGCAGUGCCUGUUCAACCUGAGAGCCAAGGUGUUGAUGCCGCAGGCCAAGCUAGUGCUGAGAUUGAGCAGCUAAAAGCACAACUGGAGGCAUUGCAGUGUGAACACGUUGUCGCAAUGAAGGCCUUGAAGAGCGCUCAUGCUGCUGCACUUGAAACUCUCAACACUGACCAUUCAUCUGCAGUAGAGGCAUUGGAAACCAAGCAUACUUCCCGGGUUGAAUCAAUGCAGCAUGACCAUGCGUCGACAAUGGAGAGAUUAGAGAGUCAGCAUAUUUCUACAGUCGAAAGACUGGAGAGCAAGCAUGCGUCCACCAUCGAAGGUUUGGAGGGCAAGCAUGCAGCUGCAAUGGAAGGUUUGGAGACACGGCACAUGUCCACCGUUGAAGCUAUGCAACAUGAGCAUGCGUCCGCUAUUGCCGCAGUGAAUUUGUCAGUGACACCAGCAGAUGGUAUCAAAAAGUCACAGAGAAAGCCACGUGCCACUGCUGGUGCCGGUGCUGCUUCUCCACUCACCUGCCUAUCUUCACCAAGGUUAACAAGAUCUGCCAUGAAAAAGUGCGCAGUGAUGCUGAACCGCGUGCCUGUGCCUCCAGUGCAUGCUGUCCCGCUUGAGUCUAGUGUUGAUGCCAAGGAUGAUGCGGCCGUAGCUGAUGCACUUGACAAGACGCAAGAUCUCGACAAGACGCUCGAUUUGGACAAGACGGCCCAGCACGACCAUAUUGGUGAUGUAUCUGCUGCUGGUGAGGAUGUUGUUGACCCUGACUUGGUGUACGAUAUGGAGACCAGUGUGCAUGAGGAACGAGACGUAACCCCUGGCCUUGGCAAGAAGAGGAAGCGAUUCAACCGCCAAUGCAAGAAAGCUGGAAAGGAGGGCGCAGCAGCAGCAGCAUCAUCAUCAUCCACGGCUGCCACUGCUACUGCUGCUGCUGCAAAGCGCACCCGGAAAGCAAAAGACCCCAAAAGCAGCGAGAGCGCCAUUGACAGCGAUUGUGAGAAUACGUCCGUCUUCUCAGCCGCCGGCUCUUCUCUUGUCAGCCUGAUCACGUCGCCAUUCACAAAGUCAGGCAUCAAGAAUUCAGUGAGUAGCACGGAGAAGACGGUAUCACCGCUGGCACCCAUCGCCGACAACACUGCAGGUGGUCCAUCUCGGCCACGCACGCGCAGAAAGCUGCUGGGAAAGUCGCAGAUCUCCAGUCCCAUCAGCAUUCCCGGAUGCGGCCCUGCAAUUGAACUUACUAGUCGACGCCAGCGCCGCUGAAAUCACGAGGACAUUGCAAUGUCAUGUGCGAGAGUGGUUUCUACGUGUCUCUACUGCAUACAUCCUAUGGACACGUCCUCAUCAUCUCUCUACUGCAUACAUCCUAUGGACACGUCCUCACCACCUCUCUUGUAUUGGCUCUCAACUCUGAUCGUGCAUCUCUACGCUUAGUGCCGGUGAGUCACCCCUGCCACUUUAACACUAGUGAUAACUCUCGCACGCCUGUCGUGCCUAACAACUUUCUUCAACAUUGGGGGUACCCCGGUGGUAUCCGCUUACCUAUUCGGUUUCCCUCGUGUCCACGUAGUACCCAUUUUCGUGUCCUUCUAUGUCAACGUCGUCAUCAAAUUGCUAAUAAGAAAAUUCCCCUCCCUGCCAUAAAACAAUAUUAUGCAGAGAAAGAAGGCACAAGAUACGUCACAACCGAACUGCUCACAGAACACAUGAUACUCUUACACUGUCACUUGUAAAAUUCGUUUCUCACAGUGUGAUGUUUCUCACAGUGUGAUGUUUCUCACAGUGUGAUGUUUCUCACAGUGUGAUGUUUCUCACAGUGUGAUGUUUCUCACAGUGUGAUGUCGCUGUGCCAUGAUCGCAACUGCCACUUGGCGGCGGUUAGCAUUAUCAACUCCUUCCCUAACAACCGUACGUGUAACUUUUUUCUGCUCUCCUGCUUCCGGUGGUAAUGUGAUUUUGCAUGGAGCUUCUUCCUUGUCAUUCCUGCUUUUUUUCCUUUUCUCCUGCGUGAAUAACAAUGCUUCUGAGGAAACGUGCAGUUGAUUAGUUCUAGUUUAGUUCUAGCUUAUUUUUUGCUUUUUGCCGUAACGCUGAUUUUGCUUCCAUGGUUGUGUGUGACUGAGAAUAUUCGUUUCCAUGCACUGGCAAGCAUUGAAUUCGUUAAAAUCCAGUAUGAAAAGUACCCUGAAUGGCUGUUCUUCCA